AUGCUUCUCGAUAGCUCCAUCCGUUGUCGAGAUAUCACCGACACCACAGCGCCCAAGCUGAAAAGUCUCACAACUGGAGCAAUGCACAUUGCAGCCCACGUCCCAUCGUACGGGAGACUGCACUUGUAUCGAUUAAUGGAGAAGGUCGGACCUGAAAGGAUUCUGUACACUGGUAAAUUUUUAAUCUUUGAAUCCAAAUAGAACAAAUUUUUCAGACACCGAUUCUGUAAUGUACAAAGUCCAGAGUUGCACAAAGGAUCCGUUGGAAGAUGAGAUGGGCCCGUUUUUGGGACAAGUCACGAGUGAACUGAAAGGAACCAUGACGAAAUUCGUAGCGACCGCUGGAAAAUCGUAUGGAUACAAAGAAUUGCUGCCCAAUGGAGAGGAACAGGUAAUUGUAAAACUCUGAAACUGAAUAAAUCUCAGCUUUCAGACCAAAAUCAAGUCGAAAGGAAUCACGCUGAACUCCGAGGCAGCCAAGAUUGUGACAAUGGAGCGGAUGGAGGCAAUGGUUCAGGAGGUGUUGCAAUUGACUGGACAAAGAAGUUCGGUUGAAGUUCCACAGCAGUCAGCCCGUCGGGAUAGGAAUUCCAAAGUCUAUUUCAAAAGCACUGCAAAAAAGUUCCGCUUCACUUUUUAG